AUGGCCUACGAUGACACCACUAUAAUCUCUUCUGGUCGGAAUCCAACUCAGGCUCUACAGGUGGCAGAAGUUGUGUUUGGAGAAGCUAGGAUGUGGCUGGAAACAAAUAAGCUCCAAUUGAAUCUUGGCAAGACUCAGAGGCUGCUCUGUUCAUUGGCACAACAUAGCCCUGAUCAUCACAGUGUGUCCCUCCUUGGAUUUAUCAUCGAUCCUGAGAUCAAAUGGAAUUGUCACAUUGAGGAACUGUGUAAGAGGCUGGCAAGAGUGACCGAGUGUGACCUAUCUACUACGGAAGCUGACACAGCUGAUCCAUAUCAAAUGCUGUGGGGUCAAUGCACCAACCGCCCAUGAUGUGCUGCACCUACAGAAAAAAGCCCUGAGAAUACCUUCUCAGACUUCAGGUAUCAUUGCCGG